UAAAAUGACGACAAAUCUGCUUCCAUAUGCCAUACCUCACCCACACUAGAGAGACUAGAUGCAUACUAUGUCCUCAUUUCUUCUCGUCACUCUCUUCACAAUCUUCUCCACCUUUUUAUUCUCCAUUGAUGGAGUUCUAAUCAGGCAAUUCUUCAAGGCAGAUCAGAAAAAAGAAGAAGAAACGAGCCACCUUCACUUUUUCUUCCAUGACAUUCUUAGUGGCAAAACUCCAAGUGCUGUCAGAAUUAUCGGCGGGCCAAACAGCAGCCUCUCCAGCUUCGGUUCCACCUUGAUGAUUGAUGAUGCGCUCACUGAAAAGCAAGAUCCCACAUCGAAGAUCAUCGGACGAGCACAAGGGUUUUACUCAGUGGCUGCACAACAGGAGAUUGCACUGCUUAUGGUCAUGAGUUUUCAGUUUGUGGAGGGUCAGUACAAGGGGAGUAGCAUCAGCAUUCUUGGGAGGAAUCCAGUGAUGAACGAUGUCAGGGAGAUGCCGAUUGUUGGAGGCACCGGAUUGUUUCGGUUUGCUCGUGGCUAUGUUUUAGCACAUACGGUUUGGUUUGAUGCUAAUACAGGAGACGCCAUUGUUGAGUACAAUGUUUAUGUGUCACAGACCUCGUGAACUUUAUACCUCUUGGAGUAAUUCCAUGACACACCUCGUGAACUUUAUACCUCUUGGAGUAAUUCCAUGACACACCCCCCCUUCUUUAUACUAGCUACCUUCUUAUUUGUUAUUAGGCCGUGGCAAAGAACUGGAUUAUUGAAACUCAUGUUCUGUUGUAAUGGGUAUUAGAUGCUGAUGAUAUAUAUAUGAUCAUCUAGAGUUCAUGAUCAUCUGGAGUUCAGACGUAGAUAAA